AAGGAUAACUCCUAGGAUUCUAUUGCCUUGAGCCAGGGCUGUUGGAAGUGGUGCCAAACUGCAUGAAAUCCACACUGUAUUGUGGGUGCCUUGGAGAGUUCUGACAUGAGAGUGGAAGUCCUGAGCCUGCUGCUGCUGCUGCUUGUGUUUCAAAGGCAUCGACCCCGCCCCCGGGCUUGAAAGGAGCAGAAGCAGGAGAAAGCCCAGUGCCCAGCAGCUGCGAAGGGAGGAUGGUGGCUGCAGCAGCGGGAGGAAGACCCAGCCCCAGCCCCAGCCCCCAGGAACAGCCCCAGCCCCCCAGCGGGGGGUCUCCGGGACAGAUCAGAUGUGAAGACGCCCUCUCGGUCUGCAGCAAAUUGUGCUAUGGCAUUGGAGGCGCCCCAAACCAAGUUGCUAGCAGCGCUGCUUCAUUCUUCCUUCAGAUCUAUCUUUUAGAUAUAGCUCUAAUUACUCCACUGCAUGCUUCCUUGGUGUUCUUCAUUGGCAGAGCAUGCGGAGCAGCCUCUGAUCCUAUUGCAGGUUUUUUUAUUAAUAAAAGCAAAUGGACUAAAAUUGGCCGACUCAUGCCUUGGUUACUGGGCUGUACGCCUUUCCUCAUUGUGUCCUAUUUCUUGCUGUGGUACUUACCUCCCUUCAUAUCUGCAAGAGUUGUAUGGUAUCUGGUUUUCUAUUGCCUUUAUCAAGCACUGUCUACAUUGUUCCAGGUAUCAUAUUCCUCUCUCACAAUGUUCCUCACCACGGAGCAGAAGGACAGAGACUCUGCAACAGCUUAUAGGAUGACAUUUGAAGUCCUAGGAACCUUGGUUGGAGCUGCACUCCAAGGGCAAAUAGUUGCCAGCGCUCAUGCUCCUGAUCACUGCCAAUACAACAAUUCCAUAGAAAGUCUGUACUCCACCAGUAUACGAGAAAACAUUUCCACCAUCCACGACCUGUCUCAUGGAAGAAAACUCUACAUGAUCACAGCUGGAACAAUAGGAGGGAUAUAUCUUGUUGGCAGCGCUGCCCUUUUCUUUGGUGUGAAAGAAAAAAUUGACCCAUAUGCCUUGGAAACAGACCGAAGAAUUCCUUUCUUUGAGGGACAUAAGCUGGCAUUGAAAUUUGGGCCCUAUGUUAAGUUCACAACAUCAUUUCUCCUGAUCUCAACUGCUGUCCAGCUUGAACAAAGCAACUUUGUCCUCUUUUGUACCCAUGCAGCUGAUCUUCACAGCCACUUUCAGAACUUAGUGGUGACCAUUUUGGUGUCAGCAACACUGAGUAUUCCUUUCUGGCAAUGGUUUCUCAGGCACUUUGGAAAAAAGAGUGCAGCCUGUGGGAUAUCGUGGAUGAUCCCUUUUGCAAUAAUGCUGGUGACGAUCCCAAAUGUGUUCCUUGCCUACAUGGUGGCUUUUGUAUCUGGGCUGAGCACUGCAGCAUCUAUGCUGUUGCCAUGGUCCAUGUUGCCUGAUAUAGUUGACCACUUUCGAGUACAGAAUCCUCAUUCCACCGGACAUGAGACCAUUUUCUAUUCUUCGUAUGUUUUUUUCGCCAAGAUAUCAUCUGGGAUUGGAUUGGGGAUUUCCUUCUCUACUCUGGAUCUUGCAGGUUACAAAUCAAGGGCAUGCAAGCAGUCCAGCAGUGUUGUUAUCGUGUUAAAAGUCUUGAUUGGUGCUAUUCCAGCCAUCCUCAUUCUAUUAGGCUUAUUUAUACUCUAUUUCUAUCCAAUUAAUGAGAAGAGCCGAAAAGAAACGAAAUAUGCCCUUGAAAAUCUAAGGAGGAAUUACCCAAGCAUUGAAAUGAUCCCAGAAAAUGAAGAAAACACAUCAAUGUGAAAGCCUGAACAGAAAAAGUUUCUAGCAACUAAAACCUGAUCGGUGAAUGAAAGCUUCUUUGUCUUACCUCACUCCAGCUUUGUCUCAAACCACAUUUAUCUGAAUAUCAAGGUUUAAUUAUUUAAAAACAUGAUCAUUUGGAUCAUUGUUUGAAUUGGACUGUUUAGUUUGUGUAUGUGUAAAAUAUUUUCACCAUAUUGUUGUGAGAUCUAUUUGGAAAAUGGAAUGAGUCAUGCUUGGGCCACAAUUAUUGUAUGGAGGAUUAUUCAUUUUACAAACCUGCUAUCUUGCAAUGAUUCAUGUCAAAUAUGUAGUGCUCUUUAAAAAUGUUGAUCAGAUUUUAAAAGAACAGGUCCUGUUCACCAUAAAAAAUGUCAGGCAAUUUCCUUUGGUUAGCGGAAUCCCUUUCCACCAUUACUUGAUGUGUUAAUGAAUUUAGAGCAAUAUAAAAUAUUUUUGAAGAAUUAUUUUCUAACCAACCCAUCCAAAUCCUUGGAGAGUUUUUAGCAUUUUCAUUUUUUUAAUGUGAUCGUUGUGCCUUCUUAAGAGAAUGAAACAAAACCUAUGCAGUACAUUUUAGGCAGAUGUCUGGCUAAAGGGAUCCAUGAGCAAAAAUGAAUGCCAAAUAUGGAUGGAAUUAACUACUUGCUUUCUUUGUGCAUUUCAAUUUGAACCUUGAAAGUUUCCAAAUGAACACAGCGAGGGCAAAUGCCAUGCAGUACCUUAUAUGUGACAAGACAGUAGUAGAAAGGGCAAGUGAGUUCUUCCCUGCUUCUUAUUGCACAAAUACAUGGGAUAGAGCUAUAGCAAAUUGUGAUUUAGGCCCCUUCCACACAGCUGUAUAUAAUCCACAUUAUCUGCUUUGAACUGAAUUAUAUAGCAAUGUGGGUGCAGAUAAUCCAAAGCAGAUAAUGUGGAUUAUCUGCUUUGAUAUUCUGGAUUAUAUGGCUGUGUGGAAGAGCCCUUAGUGUAUAUAAAAUGUCGUUUACUAAACGGUAGCCCAUGGAUCCUAGAAUGGGAUUAUAUAAACUUUUUAGAUCAUUUCACAGUAUCCAUAGCUCAUAUGAGUAUCACCAAAGGACAGAGGGCUGAUAUGUACAUGGAUGCUUUUGUGGAAAUACUGUUUCUAGAAAGUUUUAGGUGCUAUAUAUGUAAUCCCAAUUUCCCUAAUUGCAAGAGCCAGAAUUAGCCUUUUGUGUGUGAGUGAGAUGGGAGCAGUAGAUUAUUUAUACACAUAGCUCUCAGUCAUGCUACUUGGUUAUAACAACCAUCAAGUGCAAUUUCACUAAUUUACUGAGGUGUUCUGGUCCUGUUUUGUAAGUACAAGUGAUUGAAACUGUCAAAUAGGUGCAAAACAAGGGCAGGUUGUUCACAUGUCACCUUUCCCUUCUUGUAGGAAUGGAAACUAGCUCUUCAGUUAAAGCAUUCGUGACCUAAAAAACUUACUUGUGGGACAUCAAAUUGACACAGAAAUAUUUAGCACAUGGCAAAUCUUCUGUUCAGUGCUAGCCAAAUGUGAUGAUGUUCUUCCAGCAUUCUUCCUUAAAUUAAAUUACUACAUUAAAUUACUACAUUUCUUCCA